AUGACUAUUUUGCAGUAUCAAUUACUUACAUGUCUAGGUCAUGCUGGAAUGAAAGUAGCGGUACCACCUAGUAUCAAAAACAAAAGAGGUCACAAAAGCGCCAAACAAUGGAUAUCUUCUCCAGCUUCGGAUUCACAGGUGGAAGCUAUGCAACCUUUGCGGUCCAAGAGAGCGCGCAGGCUAGCUGUCGACUCGGAAUCAGAACCUGAGUCAGAUACUAGCAAGCACAGUGUGGAGUCCAAUGCAUCUGCAAGUGAGAUGGAGCCGGCAGAGAGCAUCGCUAAGACUUUAUUUGGAGAAGUUCCCACAGUUGCUGAUUCAGACCGCCAGAAAAGGCCUCAUGAGAGACAACUGGCUGCAGAGGCUCAGAGCUCAUCAAAGACUCCUCCUCCACCCAUUUGGGGCUCACAGUAUAGGCCUUCGAAUGCAAGGGGGAAAAAGCUUGCAGCGGAGAUCCCCAUGUGGGACCCAAUCAUGACGAGCUCAUCAUUUGAGUUGCAUGUUCCCGCCACACAGACUAACAAGAGCCACAGGUCCAAAUCUACAGUACUUGAAGAUGAGCUUGAAGACGACCAUAGUCUCAAAUCUGAGCUGUACAGUGCUGAUGAAUCUCCGAGUCAGGCUGAGCUCCCCAGCAUCCAAUCCAAGGAAGUGUCUCUUCAAGUUGACCCCACAGCAUCUCUUGUUUACACGAAGACUGGGUCAGUACGACUCACCGGCCAGAACACCAAACUUCAUAAUGUGAUGCAGCAUGGUAUUCUCGAGGUCAAGGCAUACAUUGCCUUUGAGCACAGAUACCCUGAAAUUGCGGCAAGGAAUGUAUAUGCACAGGAAAUACUGCUGAAGGCCGCACGGUACCACAAUACAGUGCCGAUUGAGAAACGGAUGCAGAUUGAUGAUGGCUAUGUGUCAGCCCUCACAAAUCUAAUCGAUGCUUGCGCUAGUCUAUUUCGCAGCGAGAUCAAGGAUGUGGCUAGCAAGAAUGUUUUAGGUUACUUCCGGCUCAGUGGUGCUGCCAGCGACACAAUCCUUGAUCGGCUUCUUGCCAAUCAUUCAUACAUUUUUCCGCAAACAUUUGAUGGUCUUCCAUCGCCGAACCGACAGAAGCCAUAUCAAACGCAGCCUGUGUUCCUUGUUUUAUACGAGGUAUUCUUCAAACAAUUGAGGUCCGUCGGUGCGCAGUUUGGACAGCGCUUCCUCAAUAUCGCAAAGAACAAGAGUGGUCGCCCACAGAUCCCUAUCCCCAUGAUGGCUAUGGUCUGCACCGCUAUUCGUGCCAUCCUUCUCGCGAAGAAGAACAGGUCGAGUGAUGAUUUUAAGUUCACCGGUAACCAGUUUUUCGAUAUCUAUACUCACCACGUGUCAUUGUUGGAGAGGAUUCAGACAACAGCACCCGUCAAGUUCCACAAAAUGAUGGCUGAUAUAUACGAGGAAGUCAAUCGCUUCCGUCACAGCAUUACUGGAGUCUAUGAUCAAGAUGAUCAAAGCCUCUCAUUUUUGGACUUGGAGGGCAUGAAGGACGAGUAGAGUGUUCCGACACGGAAACAUCUGAUUUUCAAAGCCAUCGUCUAGUAACCGUAUUCACGUAUAUCUAACCACCACUUGCUCAUUUCGUCGCACCUAUUUCAUCGAUAUGUUAUUGCAUCGAUACCCC